AUGGAGAAUGAAGCAUUCGGUAUGGAGAAUGAAGCUUUUGUAGAUGGUGAAUUGGAGUCUCUUUUGGGGAUGUUCAAUUUUGAUCAAUGUUCUUCUAACGAAUCGAGCUUUUGCAAUGCUCCUAAUGAGUUUGAUGUUGUCUCUUCUUCUGAUGAUUUCUUCCCAUUUAGUAAAAUUCUGCAAGGGAACUAUGCGGCCGUUCUUGACGGUUCCAAUCACCAAACGAAUCUUUAUGAUGACUCAAGACAAGAGCUGGUGAAACCAAGGAAGAAGCAAAAGAUAAGUUCAGAAAGCAAUUUGGUCACCGAGCCUAAGACUGCUUGGAGAGAUGGUCAGAGCCUAAGCAAUUAUAAUAGUUCAGAUGAUGAGAAUGCUUUAGGUUUAGUGUCUAAUACAUCAAAAAGCCUAAAACGCAAAGCAAAAUCCAACAAAGGGAUAGCUUCCGAUCCUCAAAGCCUAUAUGCUCGGAAACGAAGAGAAAGGAUAAACGAUAGGCUAAAGACAUUGCAGAGCCUAGUUCCUAAUGGGACAAAGGUCGAUAUAAGCACAAUGCUGGAAGAUGCCGUCCAUUACGUGAAGUUCUUGCAGCUGCAAAUCAAGCUCUUGAGUUCAGAUGAUCUAUGGAUGUAUGCACUUCUUGCUCACAAUGGCCUUAAUAUGGGACUACAUCACAAUAUUUUGUCUCGGCUUAUGUAA